GCUCCCCCCCCCCCCCCGCCCCGACGUAUAUAUGCCUGCCGCGGCUGUCACCGACCAGGCCCGGCAUGGCUGCGGCGAAGGGCGCGGCCAGCCGCAGGGGCCCGGGGCGGGCCUGCCCCUUCUCCAUCGAGCACAUCCUCUCCAGCCUGCCCGAGAGGAGCCCCCCGAGCCGAGCUCCCCGGCCUCUGCAGCCCGCCGGUCGCCAGAGCCCCGCCGAGUCUGUGGAGCCCGGGGUGCCAGAGGCUGUGCCCUGCACCUGCUGUUGCUGCUUCGGCUCACCUGCGACGGCCCGCAGGUCCCCGGAGACGGUCCCUGGGCUGGGCGCGCGGCUGCCGUGGCCGCUGAGGCUGGGGCCCGCGGCGCCCUCGCCCUUGGCCGCACAGACCGGAGGCUCCGGAGCGCUCCCCUGCGCGGGCGGCCAGGGCGCGCAGCGCCGCACGCGGCGCCACCGCACCAUCUUCAGCGAGGAGCAGCUGCAGGCGCUGGAGGCGCUCUUCGUGCAGAACCAGUACCCCGACGUGGGCACGCGCGAGCGCCUGGCCGGCAGCAUCCGCCUGCGCGAGGAGCGCGUGGAGGUGUGGUUCAAGAAUCGAAGGGCUAAGUGGAGACAUCAGAAGCGGGCCUCAGCCUCUGCAAGGCUCCUACCAGGGGCCAAGAAACCUCCCAAGGAGCGCUGUUGAAGGAGCUGCUAGCUACCCCCAACCUUGGCAUUGACCUCUGAGGCCUGCACAGAGAGGACAGACCUACCGGCUGAACCGAAGCUAAGAGGGAGCUGCAGCCUUUCCCAUCAUUCUCAGCUUCCUACCACCUAGAGCUGGUGCUGUGUGUGUGUGUGUGUGUGUGUGUGUGUGUGUGUGUGUGUGUUGGCACCACUAGUCUAGAAAAGCAGGACACACUACACAUUUUACACACCUUUGUACCCUGUCCUUCCGGGACCAGUCAGGCAGUAACCACUGUGAUUUCCUUGAAGGUGGAGUAGGACAGAAACUAGGUCAGCAUCCUUAAUCCCCUCUGACCACCCAGAGAGGCCAUAACUCCAUCCAGGACAGGGACCACCACUGAAAAGCACAGGAGCCCAGAAUCCUUCCCAGUGGUGUCACCCUCUUCACCUGAGAGUGUGCUGACUGCCUUCCCUCCUCAUAUGGACACAGGCCCUUUGACCUGUCUCCCAUCCCCCCAGGACCAGGCAGUGGACUUGCUGCCGCGUCCAAGGACCUGUGCUGAUGGUAUCUGAGCCUGCAGAAAUAGCAGGUUGGAUGAGGUAACUUCCACAAGCCCUUUCACCUGGUCUUUAAUCUUUGCACUUUGUGCUAAUGCCAAGAAAGAACCAAGAACUAAAAAUACAGAAGCAGUACAGAGUCCCAAGUCUGCCCCAGCUCCAUUUCCACACCCAGAGGGAAGCUGCCCCUCCUCCCUCCCUUCUAGGGAGGGGGUCUAGGGAGUCUUUGGAAGUAUAGCCCAGAGCACACUUGAGUUGGGAAGACCACACACCUGCUACCUUGGAAAAUGCCUGCCCUCCUCUCUACCACCUUGGCCCCAGAGUGAAGGACAACAUGAAAAACAAAGCUUCCAUUUCCCAAGGGGACCCAUGCAAUAGGUCCAACACUUCCAAUAUCCUACUCAUCUAGCUGGAGCAUCUUGUUUUGUUUUCUCAAGUUCCUGUUGGAUGUAAGGGGGUGGUAUGUGCAACAGCCCAUCCAUAGUAGCCAGACUGCAGAAACCAGUACACCAGGGGCUGUCUAAGGUUGGCAGGUUUGGGUAACACCAUGCAGACACAGUGUCCCCCAGCUAGAGCUACCCUAACACUGCAUAAAUGCUCACUUCUACUUUCUAGGACACACACUUCUGGCUGUUGUAAAAUGUUUCCCUGACUCAUGGCCUUUACCUUGAAGAUUGCAGUGUCUACCUGUGGACUUGACUCUGUCCUGGUCAGCUUCCCUGCAGGCUGGGACACAUUUUGUUGGGUUCUAGGCCCCUUACCCUAUCAGGCUGAAUGGAAUUUGUUAUUGUUUUAGGAAAACCAUGGUGAGAGCUCACUUGAGCUCCAGCUUCCAGGAAUCACUGCUGUCUUGAUCUGUCUCAUUCCUUUAGCUACUCCUUGGCAAGCUGCCUGAUUUCCUUUCCCUGAUCCCAGCUGACCAUUAACACACAUGUCUGAGACUCAAUCUCCAGGGUUCCUCCAUCUCAGUUUUCAUUGGUGUAUCUUUUCCACUGUCUGUCUCCCAUUCUUGCCUCUCUUCCAUAUUUAUAUCUCCAGCCAAGACUUCUCCCUGAACUAGAUAUUUAUAUAAAACUGUCUCCCUUAGGACUCAACCUGGAAGCCUGCAGGAUUCUCAGGUUUACCUUGUCCACAGUGAGCUUUUCCCCCAUGCAAAUCAGGUGAAUGAGCAAAGCUAGUAAUCACCUAACUGCUCCCUAUCUUUCACAUCAUACCCAGUCCAACAGCAGCAAUUCACACAUUAUUGAUAAAUCUCAGAAUCUACCUUUUUUCUAACUUCAGAUGCACCUGUUUAAUAGAAAUCACAGUCAACUCUCACCUUGACCAUUUUAGCUGUCUCCAUCUUGUCUCACUGCACCUCUUCUGGCUCCCCUUUAAUUCAAAAUAAAGACAAAUCCAGGUAUGGUGGUGCACACCUGUAAUCCUAGCACUUGGGAGGCAGAGGCAGGCAGAUCUUUGCAAGUUCGAGACCAGCCUGGGCUACAAAGUGAGUUCAAGGACAGCCUGAACUGCAUAGCAAGACCCUGUCUCAAAAAAGAUGAAAAAUAAACAAAAAAAUUAAAAAAUAAAGACAAAACUCCUCUUUUCCAUGGCCCACAAAGUCCUAAGAAGCCUGACUUUGCCUCCUUAUCAUUAUCUCAUAGCUCAUUGUGCUGUGUAUCCAAAGGUCUGCUUUGUAACUUCCCUUGUUCCACGUCCCCACUGGGACUUUGCAUAUGUGCCUCCCAUCCACUUGAGCAAUGCUUGUCCAUUCACCUUUUGUAUCUUUGACCACUUUCUGCCUGGAGAAACUUCUACUGAAUUUCCCUACUAGGUCAAGACUCUCCAGUACAAAUCAAUCAUGGCUGCACUUAUUAUUUUUUUUUUUUUUUGAGACAGGUUCUCAUUAUGUAGUGUAUACUGGCCUUGAACUCACGCAUGUAGCCCAGGUUGACCUUGAAUUCAAGGCAGUCUUCCUGCCUCAGCCUCUUGGGUGCUGAAAUUACAAAUGUGUACCACCACACCUGGAAAUUUUAUAUUUUUUUAUAGGGUGAUGCAACCUGUAUCUGUGUGCUUCACUGGACUCUCGGCUCUCUGAAGGCAGGAAUAUCACCAUGGAGUUCUCGAUGGAUCCCAGUGGAUGAAGGGAUAACUACAUAAUGUAAAAGCUAAAUUGUACUAAAUCAUUCUGGGGCAGGAUUUAUUUGACAUAGUUUACAAUCUCUUUUCGGGAAGAAAUUCCUGAAAAAUGCUUAGGCAGUGUUCUGUCCCAUUCAGUGAGAACUGGCCCUAUUAAUGAACCUCAGUCUGGCAUUUAGGGUCUGAAUAAUCUCUAAUUAGAUAUUUAUUUAGUGAACCAUCAUCUUGCUCUUUUACAUUAUCUUUUGUUAGGUAACUGUCAAGAAAGAAUUGUCUUAGAGUUCUAUUCUUACAUAAAGCUUGAUACAUGUAUAUAACAAGA